AGUCGGUAUACGUCUACUGUAGCGUCGAGACGUUAUCUAACUACGCGACGCCUGUUCUGCGCAUUCACGUUCUUCUAACACCUGUCAGUCUAAUAAACAGACUCGCAUGUCGCUUGAUGAAAUUUUAUCAUUUUUUUUCUUGUGAGCUUCAACGGCCGGAACUUCCCUUUUCUAGUUAUUUGUAGUUAUACUGGAAUUGCUUAACAGGAAUCACAAAAUAAGCUGGUCUUUCCUGAUUCAAUCAAAGACCUCAAAUCAACGAAAGCAUCUAAAAGGUGUGAGUUCAGUAGAAGCAGUUAAGAAUAUGGAAGAAUUUCUUCAAUGGAACAUGGUUGUAAACUUGUCUCCAUAAAAAAACAUUUGAAAUAUUAACUGAUUAUCUCAUCAAAGUGACAGUGAUAAUAACACGCCAAAUGGUCCUAACUAAUUAGAACUAGUCGUCGUCCUUUCCUUAAGCAAAGUAACUAAGUUAUCGAUCAAACAUUAGAAAAUGCAGCACCAUCCCGGGUCUUGGUACCUCCCAUGGGGGGUCCCCCUUCAGAAAAUGGUCGCUGUACCCAUUCCAGCGGCGGCCGCUGCGCCGUUGCACAUGCAAACUCCUACCGUACAUCAUCUACAAGCAAUGCUUGGAGGACUUCCUACACCCUUAGCAACUUUAAGAACGUUUAUGACUCAACCGGCGCAACAACAAACUAGAAAGAUAGGCGGCUGUGGUGGAAGUGAAAGAGAAAAAGGUAAAUUGGCGGGAAACGACAAACGUAAAGCGGACGAUGGCGAAUCAAACAAAGAUAUUAAGAAGGCUAAAUUGGAAACAAAAGCUUUGAAAGCUAAACGUCCCGGCUUUACAGAUGAUCGCUACAAUGAAACAUCAUAUUACAUUGAAAAUGGUUUACGAAAAGUAUAUCCUUACUAUUUCACAUUCACAACAUUUACAAAAGGGCGUUGGGUGGGUGAAAAAAUUCUAGACAUAUUUGCUAGAGAAUUCCGAGCCCACCCUGCUGAAGAAUAUGAACGCUGCAUACAAGCAGGAACAUUAACAGUUAAUUAUGAAAAAGUUCCCACCGAUUAUAAAUUAAAACAUAACGAUCUUCUCGCCAACGUUGUACAUAGACAUGAAGUUCCCGUCACUAGCCAACCGAUCACCAUUGUGCACAUGGACGAAGACAUUGUUGUGGUCAACAAACCUGCCUCUAUACCUGUGCAUCCAUGUGGAAGGUAUAGACACAACACCGUAGUAUUUAUUUUAGCAAAAGAAUACAAUUUGAAAAAUCUACGGACCAUACACAGGUUAGACAGAUUAACCAGCGGCCUUUUACUCUUCGGUAGAACACCGAAAAAAGCGAGACAAAUGGAACAUCAGAUCAGAAAUAGACUGGUUUCCAAGGAAUACGUGUGUAGAGUGGAAGGACAUUUCCCAGAUGAGAUCAUAGAAUGUAAUCAACCCAUAGAGGUAGUAAGUUAUAAAAUCGGUGUAUGCAAAGUAUCACCUAAAGGAAAAGAUUGCAUAACCGUAUUCCAAAAAUUAGGAUAUAAUGGAAAAACUAGUAUCAUCUUAUGUAAACCAAAAACUGGUAGAAUGCAUCAAAUCAGAGUACAUCUUCAAUACUUAGGUCAUCCUGUGGUGAAUGAUCCUUUGUACAAUCACGAAGUAUUUGGUCCAUUAAAGGGAAAAGGCGGCGAUCUCGGGGGUAAAACGGACGAAGAGCUCGUUCAAGAUCUUAUCCACAUCCACAACGCCGAAAAUUGGUUAGGAAUGGACGGCGAUAGUGAAUUGUCGAUGUUUAAUAGUAGAAAAUCAGAUUUAGAUGAAUCUUUAGUUGGACCAAUUGUGCCUAAAGGACGUGUUUUGGGUGAUGAUGACACAGAUUCUGCAUCUCGCGAAACAUCUCCAUGUGAUGAAUCUUGUGAAAAUGCUUCGUCUAUAUCUCAAGACACUUCGUCACUAACACCAGUGGACUCUAAUAGUGCUAGUAGUAACGUUGAUAUUAAAGUGACAGUAGCAACACAAACUGGCCAAGAGUCACCUGAUUUGGCUUUUAAUCCAGAUAAAAUGACAGUUGACAGACACUGCUAUGAGUGUAAAGUGCGAUACAGGGAUCCUAAACCACAAGAUUUGGUUAUGUAUUUACAUGCGUGGAAGUAUAAGGGUCCAGGCUGGGAGUAUGUUACAGAACUUCCAGAUUGGGCACAAAUCAAUUGGAUAGAACCAAGUACAUCAGAGUGAUGAUUACUGUCUAAACUCUACAUUCUACCAUAAAAUAAUCUUCAUACCUUCAUUUAUACAGGCUGUAAAAAUUAAAAAAGAUAUCCAAAAACGUGGCAGGGUCCAAAUUAUUAAAAACAGGUCGGAUUGAAGCUGAGGAAUUUUUUUAAAUAAUGUUUCUGUAUUUCAGUGCUUGUUGAAAAAUUAAAUUUUUUCUAUUUGGUAUUUCAGUAGUGUAGAUAAAUCUCAUAAUUUUUAAAGUCGCUAGCAUCGAAAUUAUUUUUCAUAUCUUAUAUUGGUUAAGAAGUAAUGAAGAAAUAUGUAUUUUUAUAAUCAAAAGCACCUGUAAUCAUAUCAAAAUAAUAACCUACUUUUAAUUACUAAACUAAUGUAGGUAAAUAAUUUUUUAAAGUACUGAAAUACAAACGUGCCUUUAUUAUUCAAAGUAACAGUUAAUUUGCAGGUUCUUUUCUCUAUAAAAUAGAGAUAUAUAUUGAUGUGCUCUUCAUAUCAACAUGUUAUGGACCCUUGCUUGUAUUUCUUUUAUUUUAUAGAAAUAUUACAUAGAGGCAUGUGCAGUUUAAGUAGCCGGAUAACUGAGAUAUAAUGUGUUCAUUUCAUCAAAUUUCUCCAUUUUAUUCCUAACUUUGGUUCUUUAUAACUAACCGUAAUUUUUCAUUAUUAUAGGAUUUUAUUCUUAUCGAGCAAUAAUCUACAUUUUUUUUAUUCUGGUCCUGUCCGAAUAUAAAAACAAGAUAUUAUAUCGAAGCUUGUAUUUAAGUUACAUCCAGAUAUAACUAAUUGUAAUAUUCUAAGAAUUUCCUCAAUCACUUAUUAUCAAUUCAGCCAAUGUCAUUUUGGCUUUUAUAUAAAAUAAAAUUGAUAUGAAAUACGUUAAUAUAGGCUGUAACUAUUAACAAAACUAUCCUAAAAACGUAUUCUCCCUGAGAAGAACCUUCCUGACUACCUAAGUUAGCUCCACUACAUGUAAUAUCUAAUAUACUGUCAUUUGCUGAAAUUAAUCUAUCGGUUUUCAAUCUUGUUUUCAGUAUAAUGCCAUUCAUCAAAUGUUAUCACAGAUGUUCUUAUUUUGUAAAACCAUAAUUGGUUUACAAACCUAUCAUUAAGAAUUGUACAGAGCUGUCCUUAAAAUAACAAUAUUUUCAGUAAAAUACUAACAUGAUCUUGUUGCUUCAAAGUUUUAUUGGUAAGUUAAAAACUAGAUUGAAGGUUAAGUAACACUUUUUGAUAAAAAUUACUAAUAGAGAUAAAAAUCUUUUGGAGACAAAGUUGUUGGAACCAUUUUUCGCUUCCUUGCUUUUGUUGCCAUAAUAUAGUACAAUACAAUGAAUACUUUUAAAACAGUAAAAUCAUACUGCAGAAUAACUUUUCAACUUCAUAGCUAUAACAAUUUCUUGUAAAAUUCUAACUUACCGAAUUUUUCCUGUGUCAUCUUCAUUUGAUACAUAUACUACAAUUAUUCUAAACCGCUAACAUCACAUUCAUCUUGCUCAGAAUCACUGUCCCUUCAAUAUCCUGGUGGUAAUAUAAAAAACUACUGUUAACAUACCUUACUCUUCACGGCAAUGUAAUAUGCAUAUUCGUUCACCUCUGGGAUGAGGUGCUUUCCAAUCAUCAUUUGCGCAAGCUCUAAGUACAGUAUCGUGGAUGUCAAACCAUGUAUCAUCUAAUAUAUUUCUCUUCCUUCAUUACUAUACUCACGAAUUUUUGUUAUAUAUUUGUUUCUCCAUUCUAUAAAAUGACUACUUUACAUUAUGUUUUGCUUGUUAUUUAUAAAUAUCCUGAAAUAAUGAUUAUUCGUCUAAUUGUUAAAUCUUGCUUUGAAAUUUAGUAAAGUGUAGUCUGAGAAGUAUCUGUCAAAACCAUUAUUUCCUGCAUCUCUUCUGGACAUUCAUGGACUACAAAAUCGGUUAAAAACACUUUUUAAGCAUCUGUUGAUAAAUGUUGCCGUCUCUUUGUACUAGUAGGCGUUGACCGAAUCUGCGAAUCGAUUUGUUCAUCGUUAAUCCUGAAGCCACGGUUGCCACAUAUGUUAUUGUUCACAAAAAAUUUCAGAGUAAUUUGACCUUCAAUACACCACCCACUUGCACAGCGCUCAUAAUUAACUACAGACUAUAUUCGAAAACCCUGCGAAAAGUACCUACCUAAUAAUAAUAAAAAAAAUAUUUCGGAUUAUGUAUAAUACCCUAUUUACAUUCAUUAUUCUCAUUCCGCAUCCAGCAAUAAUUUGAGGGCACAUUUACUGGAAAGUGCCUUCUACUUUGUAAACGACUUCUAUUCUAAUAAUAUUUAAUUCCGGGCAUGCUACAUACUGGUUUAAUUUUUAUAUAUACGACUUAUAUACUAAUUAUUACCUAUCACUUUUACCUAUAAUUUUGUUAUUCAUUGUGGUUUUCUUCUGUAUAUUGAAAUUUAAUUUUAUUUGUUUUAUAUUUAUUUAGGUAUUUUUAUGUUUGUUUUUUAGUUUAUACAAGCUUCUGUCUGCAAAUUGUAACAACUUUUUGAUAAUAACGCAUUUCUCUCUCUCUCUUUCUAUUUUCUCCGUAUUAUUCUAUUUAGUAACCUGUUCUAUUUGGGAAUUAUUGUAUUGUUGUUGUUUAUGUAUACUUUUAUAUGAUUCACUGAUUCUAAAAAUCAAAUAUUGUAAUGCAGACCUGGAAAAGUUGUUUACUAUUCAGUUCGCAUUGGGGCGUCUCUUAUCUCUUUUUGUAAUGCAAAGAUUUCUGCAAUUUAAUGCCAGGCAUUACAGUACCAAAAGUUAGACAUUUUUUAUCUACUUCGGUAUAUUAUAUAAUACUGCGAGAAUAGCACAGCGUAAUUUUUGUUAUGAUGAUUUCAAAUAAUUAAGCUAUCUAGCUAAGGUAGCGUUUUCCCAAAAAAAUGAGCUUUUAAGAUAAAUUAUUCAAUACUUAUGGCACAAAUAAUAUGGAUUUGGAGCAAAAUCAUGAAUUUCGUCAAUUAUCGGUUGUUAUGAGAAUAAAAAUAGAAAAAUAUCUGGAUUAGAAAUGUAUUAUAUAAUUCAUUAUCAUAUUAACAUUAUAAAAGAAUAAAACUGCUUUCUAUUAGCAAUAUACUUCAGAAUAUUUCUUCAAUUUUGUCAAGAUCACUAAUAUAUUUCUGUUUUUAACGUUAUGCAGCUACUUAGACAUUCAAUUUUGCCACUGAAUUAUUCUUUCGUGUUAAAAAACAAAAGUGAAAAAAGCAAGAGUUAUCAUACAUUGAAGAAUAGAAGUAGCUAAGGCACUGACACGGAUUGUUUAUUGUCAUGUUAUACGGAUUGUCGAAAUUAGUAUUAUAUUAUGUUAUUGGGUUUUGGUUCCACAUUGUUUUCAGUAUUGUCAUUUUCAUUCACUCGUCAGGUAGGCAUUUUCAGACAAAUAUUUUCAUAUGUUAUCAUAAUUGUUGAAAGCUUUGGAAUAUAACAGUAUUUGUAGAUUUUUCAACAAUUUUAUUAUUAAAACUCAAAAUCAUAAAUACAUAACUCUUUAUAAACAAUAUAAAUUUGUAUCAAUUGUUAUGUGUAGGUUUUGUUACUGUUUUCACGGGGCAAAUUAUGGAUUUACCAAUUGAAUGAUAUUCAUUAACAUUUUCAGUUGUAGACGUGAAUUGGAUUUGAAAUUUUGUCAUGAAAAUAUUUUUUUCGCAAUAUAAUUAUAAACAAUGUUUUCUACAAAUCCAUAAAUGAAAAUUGUUAAUUGGAUUGAAAAAAACAUAUGGCAUGAUAUUUUAAUGAUAAUGCCUACAUUGCUAUUAGUGACAUUUCAGAAACUUGUGAUAUUUUCAUUUAACCUUUGUUCUUAUUAAUAGUAUGUUAUUCAUUCCUUUCAAAACUUGGGAUUGUUGGAAAAGUAUAAACUCUUAAAUAGGUUAAAAAAUUGAGCUCUAGGCGAGUCAGUGUCGAAAUAGAAUAUAAUGAUCAAAAUUUUUAACUCAUUUUAAAUUAUCAAAACAUUGGAAAACUUUUCUUUCACUUGUCUAUGAAAACUGUGGGUCAUUAGGUCAUAGCAUUAGACAUUGCAAUACUCAUAUCACUAUUAUAAUGUUAGACCAAUCUACUUGUCUCAAUCAUUCAUAUGAUGUAUUUUUAUAGCAUAAUAAUAUAGGGUUGUUAAAAUUGGAAUAAAAUCAUUCCUCAAUUAAAAGAAAGUACACCCCACAACAAUAUUUACGCAUUAUAUCGCAUUAUAUCGUUAUUUCAAUUUUGAAACAAUUACAAUGAAUUUAAGCAAAAAAACACUAUAUCAAGAUGAAAUUCAAUUUUAACCAGUAUUCUAAAAAAUGCAGAGAUUUAACAGAAAUGUUCCAAAAAUAGUUUAAAAUAGCACAUAUUUCUAUUUUCUCUUUUAAUAUCAAUUAAAAAGAAAUUUUCGAAGAGCCUAUUAUUAGACUCAUAUAUAUUGUGAGGCGAAUCUAAUAUAUCUAUUAUUAGACUCAUGUAUAUUGUGAGGCGAAUCUAAUAGAUCUCGUAAGUAGCUGUUAAUUACAUCCCAAAUAAGCUUUUUUGGAUUGAGGUCGGAGCUGUUAGCUUACCAUACCAUUGCUUGGCAAAUUGUCUCCUACAAAGGCAGCUAAUGCUACGACGUUAACAAUGCACCUUUGAAUAUUAAAAGGAUUUCUUUAAAUGAUUACUUUGUCGGUGUGGCCCAUCCAUAUUAGUGCUACCCACUACAUUUAUUCAUCUACCAACAUACCGUUUGUUCACACUUCUAUAUAAUUGGACACAUGGAUAAUUACCAAAAAAUCACAAUCUAGACUCAUUUGAGAACAUUAUAUUCGACCACUGAUAGUCUUCCUAGUAUAAAUGUCCGAUAUCAAGCUGUAGUAAGGCUCUUUACUUUUUUUUGGUUAACGGAGAUCCAGUUGCAGGCACUUUGGGCUUCAAACCGAACCCUUUAAGUCAUCUUCUCAUAGUAUCAUUGCUUAUUUCUUGUUGAUCCACCUCAGAAAUGGUGGCAAAACCUAGUGAAUAUAAAAAACCUUUGUCUCAGUUUCAUAUUCAUAACCUGGCCUUUGAUUUCUUCAAAUCUCCUGGAAUCUCUUUAGUUACCUAGACAUCGACGAUAGUAUGUCAUCGGAUCAUUGAAUUUGUACUAGUGAAAAGCUUCCAAUCGAUAGAAUAGUUACAGCACACUAUUCAGGGGAACAUAAAAAUUUUGUCGAUCGUUAGGAUUCAUUUUGGAGUUAGUUCAUAUACCCGAAUAAAAUUAUUUUAAAAUAAAUCGUUUCUUGCAUUUUUAAAAAAUUUGUAAUUUGGGAGAAUCGCAUUUCAGGGAGGAUGAGGGAGUGCACAAAAUAUGUAUGAAUGCUUCUAAAUGCCCUUGAUUUUAGAUCUCUUCUGUAUUAAAAUUAGACUAACUCUAAUAUAUUUUCCAUGCUUUCGAAUACUUAUGUAUUCAUCGUCUAGGACUAAAACGUGAAGUUUUGUGUCAAUUUUAUCAAUACUACCAAAUAUGCUAGAAUUCAGUCAAAAUUUAGAAACUAUCCUACCAUAAGCUUAACCAAGUUGAAGAAUUAAAUUUGUGGCAUAUCGAAGAUGUUCACAACUUCGGUGGUAAUGGCCAGGAGGCUAGAGAGUCUUUCAUUUAUAGUAGUAUCAUAAUGUCAGAACUACUACAUUUAAUUAGUAAAGUCAUCUAGGUUUAAUUGAAUCAUUUUUUAACUGAUUAUAUAAUGUUUUCAUAUAUUUGUCACAAAUUUAUGAUAUCAUCCUAACAAGGUACAUUUCUCCAUCUAUAACAUAUAUUAUUUCGUUUCAAUAUCCACAGAUUGUAUUUUGUUUGAAAGGAUCUAGUAUAUUUAGACUAAUACUCACGUAGAUAGUUAUUUACACAGAAAAUAACAUUACACCGCCACAUCGAUGACUAUUGUAUUCUCCAUUAGAGCUUCUUUAUUGAAGACCAUUGAUAGUACGCCCUCUAGUUCCAAAGUACUGAUGAACUCUAAUAUUUGACUGACUUCAAGGACAUCUUCUAAUAAUAAAUAAAGCAUUUUUUGUACAUACUUCUAAUUGCAAGGUAUUCUGUGACUAGGUGAUCCAGAGUUUCUUCCUCUUGCCACAGAUAUUUCUUAGAUCGCACAGCAUUCAAGUCUUAGUCCUGGAUGUAUCAUCUAGAGUAAAUUUAUUCCAAAUUUUCCAUUCUCUUGGAACUUUUUUUUUGGAACCAUAGAAAAACUUAGUCUUCACGCAAAUUUACGAGUAAAUAUCUCCGCCAACGUCCACAAAAGUUUAUUUGAGGUUGGUUACACGGUUAUAUAAGCUUCACCUGUAUGUUGGAUUGUGAGCUUGUUUGUUUAUUUCUCUCUUUUGUGGAUUAUGGAGCAGGCUUGGUCGUUAACCUACGGAUUUGCCGGACGUAGGUUCAAAACCCUCAAUAUAGUUUAAAAACCAAAAAAAAGACACGCUUAUAAAGCACAUAAAACUAAAAAGUUGAAAAUAUUUUUUUAAAUAAGCUUAAAACAAUAUUUCACAUGAUUAAUGCGGCUAUUAAAUGAGUUAAAAGUUUAUAUGGUCUAUAGUAGUUUUGUUCAUAUUCAUUAGGGGCCGUUCAUAAAAUACGUCAAGCUAAAAUCAGUUUUUUCUGACCCCCUCCCCUCAUUUUUACGCUAUGUCACGCUUUCUGUGACCCCCCCUAUAAAUAUCGUCACAAACUAACUAACCCCCCCUUUAGAUGGUAAAUUUCAAUUGAUAGUACACAAAUUUUGAAAAUUUAAAUAUUUAUUUAGUUUUUAUAAUAAAAUAUGAAAAAUAUCUUUCAUAACAAAUAAAUAAAUAAUAUUUUUAUUAAUCAGAAGUCCAAGGAUUCUGUAAAUGCGCUGAAAUAUCUAUAAUCGUUAUUGCAGCAUCUUCUUCUUCUUCAUUUAUUUCAAAACUGCGAUGCGAGUUGGUUGUAUGCGUCGAACUACUUCAUCUUUUCUUUUUCGUUUUGGAUGUGAAUUUUCUAAAUGCUGUUGUAGAGUUUUAUUAGAUGUGUGAUAUAGACUACAUUCUUUGCAUGUUCUGCUUGCUAAUUUAUCAUGAAUUGACGGACAAAACCAAUCGUAAGGAAUUUGUUGAAAAUCUUCAGCAUCAGGCUGAAGUUUCACUGCAAGACAAGCAAAUAAAUUAAGAUAUUUUCCAUCUUCAGGAUUCACUUGCGAUACCUUUAAUCCGUUUUGAGUUUGUUGUAAUUUAAUUGGUGGAGGCAAAAAUCCGUUUGGAAGUAAAUUUCUCAAACUACUUCUAGCUUGGCCACAGCAGUCUUUGUCUGAGCAUUUCAAAAUUUGUAAUAAGUAUUGUGAUUCACGAACAUGUUUACAGUACCAAUCAUUAAUUAAUAUUUGUGCAUCAUCACUCUCAUCUUCUUUUGGUGCAAUAUACUCUGCAUCUACAUCAUAACCAUCGACUUUUAAUGACUUCCAAACACUAGCUAAAGUUGUCCCUGCAUGUUCAAAGUUUUUUUUUUCUCCAAAUCUUUAUCUACAGUUUUACCGUAAAAAUCUAAAUGCGACCCAUAAUGCUCGUAAGGCAAAAUCAAGCCAGCAAGCUCAUGACUUAAUGGAGCCAUUCUCCUUUCCACACGAUUGAAAGCACUCCUGUCUGAUGCAUUUGUAACAACAAAUAAAGCAUCUUAAUUAAAAUCACGAAAAUGCUGGAUAGCAUAGAAUAUUACUUUUUCAUAGCGAGGAUUUUCGUCAGGACCCCCAUCAGCAGAAAUGAUCACUACAGGUUUUGGCGAUCCAAUGUUGUUGUAGGCCAAACUUUUAAAUGACUCCAGUUCAAAAAUUUUUUUGAAAUCAUCAGCAUGUGUCUUGGCUGUCGAACUAGAAUGUUUGCCACUUUGAAUAGCUAUAAAUGUUGGUCCUGAAUAAGUUACUUUUGAAGGAUUUCCAAAACCAUUCGGUUCAAUAACAAUACCCGCGUAUACAGAUGGUAUCAAUUUAUGUCCAACAGCCACUACCCAGUCAUGGUCUGGAAGAGAAACCCUAUAUUGCAUAUGCAUCAAUAAUGCUGCUUGUUUUGCAGCUGCUGUAAGUCCAAUCGGAAUUCGGGCUUUAUCAUAAAUAUCUAAUUGAAGCUGUGGCAAACUCGGUGUCAAUAUGUUUUUUCUUCAAGUCAUUUAGAGCACGAAUUAAUUUCACUGGAACCGUAGAGACAUGUCUCUUUCCUUCACGAGAAAUUGAAUUUCGUGGUAAAAGUCGUAAGUAGGUAGCACUUCUACUCAGUUGAAAACCCAAAGUUUUCAAUUGGUCGUGUAACUGAUCUAAAUGUUUACAACUUCUUACUGUCUCAGUUCUACAUCUUUCGUUAGCAGAGCUACCAAAGAUGGCAAUUUUCAUGAUCGUUUGCAAUAAAGCUGGUUGAUCCUCUUCUAAGCUCGACCGACCUGGAUUGCUUCUUAUUUUUAAUUUUUCUGCUACAUCCGGAUGUUCAAGACAAACAUCCUCAAGCUUCCUUUUUUUUUAUUGCACGGGAUUUCGAUGAUCUUUGUUGAGCUAAUUAUUUACGCUUAAGAGAUUUUUUCAGUUUCUAUUUUGUCUUUUAGUUUCAGUUUUUAGUGUCUUUUAGCGUCCGAAUUAGUUCACCACUAAAUGACGAAUGAAGAAAUUAUAUAAUAAUAAAACCGUGAGAAACAGUAUUUUCAUUUGUUACUACGAUGAGAGCGCAAUGUGCGUGGAAACGUUACUCUUACAAGUAUCGGAAAAACAAAGAAACCAAUUGUGACCGAUCGCAAUGCCGCUAGAGCAAGUCAAAAGGCUAAACCCGCGCCACAGAGCCAGCGCUCAUGUCGAAAAAUAAACAAAAAUAAA